AUUUUUUAACAAACAAGACGAAUGAGAUACGAAUCUGAGAAUCUCCCUAUCCAAAGUACACAUCUUUACCAUUGAAUGAGAGCUGAGAAUAAAAAACCCAAUUUAGCUAUUUACCAAUCCUUGAUUUUCCAAUAACAAAAGGUCCUUGUUAUCUUCGAUAGAUUAGUGCAAGAAAUUAUUGUUUCAUGUGGAAUCUAUCUACAUUUCCAAACCUGAAAUUAUUAUUUGACGAAAGAAUAUACCCACAAAGGAUCGUUUCCAACAAGUACCAUACCCACCAAAGGGACCUUUAAAAGGCUUUUCUCCCAAACACCAAAACCCAUUUCUCUUCUCUUCCCCUGACUUUCCACACUCUCUCUCUCUCUCUCUCUCUCUCUCUCUCUCUUUCUCUAGCCGCGUCUCUGUUUCUGCACCUUUCGGUUUCAAGGAAAGAAUCAAUCAACAAAGCUGGCUGUGCAAAGCAAGAAACCCAAAACCCACUACUCCAAAGCAGCAGCCAUGGGGUUGCAGCAACACCAGCACCAUCGCUCCAAGAGCCAGCAGCUGCUGCUGGACGAUGAAGAGAUGGGUCUCGUUCUUCUAAUCACAAACUCAAAGAAACCCUCAACAGCUCUAACAUCAGCUCCGGCAGCUGCAACAUCAUCCGCUGCAAGGCGCAAGCUUCUCACUCUGCUCUUCCUUUGCCUCGUCUCUUUCUUCCUCAUCCUCGCCCCGCACUUCUUCCCCGCCUUCUAUUCAUUCGAUUCCAUGGCGGAUAUGCACUCAAAUCUAUCCCUUUGCUCUUCCGUGGCCAACGGAACCAUAUGCUGCGACAGGAGCAGCAUACGAACAGACGUCUGCUAUAUGAAAGGGGACAUCAGAACUCAAUCUUCCACUUCCUCAAUCCGCCUCUACGCCGGCGAAUAUGUUGGCGAAGAAAAAAUCAGACCCUACACUCGCAAAUGGGAAACCACCACGAUGAGCACAAUCGACGAGCUCCACCUCAUCUCCACCUCCGCCGAGCAACAGCAAAGCCACCACUGCGACGUUACCCAUGACGUCCCCGCCGUGUUCUUCUCCACCGGAGGGUACACGGGCAACGUCUACCACGAGUUCAACGACGGCCUAAUCCCGCUCUACAUCACUUCUCACCAGUACAACAAAAAGGUCGUCUUCGUCAUCCUCGAGUACCACGACUGGUGGAUCUCCAAAUACUCCGACAUCCUCUCCCACCUCUCCGACUACCCCGCCGUCGACUACUCCGGCGACAAACGGACGCAUUGCUUCCCGGAAGCCACCGUCGGGCUCCGAAUCCACGACGAGCUCACAAUCGACCCUGCCCUGAUGCAGGGGAGCAACCGAACCAUGGUCGAUUUCCGCAACAUCCUCGAUCGUGCCUACCUGCCCCGAAUCACCGGCCUGAUCGAAGACGAACAGCGGGAAUUCGAGUCGGAAUCGAAACUGCCCGUAAUCCCCCCCAAUUCGCGCCGUCCCAAGCUAGUGAUCGUGUCGCGAACUGGCUCUCGAGCAAUCACCAACGAGGAAGCACUGGUGAAGAUGGCGGAGCGAAUUGGAUUCCGUGUCGAAAUACUGCGACCCGACCCGACGACGGAGCUGGCGAAGAUAUACAGGGCGAUGAACUCGAGCGACGUCAUGAUCGGGGUCCACGGCGCGGCGAUGACGCACUUCUUGUUCAUGAGGCCCGGGUGCGUUUUCAUCCAGGUGGUGCCGUUGGGGACGGAUUGGGCGGCGGAGAGCUACUACGGCGGUCCGGCGAAGAGGAUGGGGUUGAAGUACAUCGGGUACAAGAUUCUGCCCAAGGAGAGCUCUUUGUACGAGAAGUACGCGGUAGACGAUCCUGUGCUUCGAGAUCCGGAGAGCGUCAAUCAGAGAGGGUGGGAGUACACCAAGUCGAUCUAUCUAGAUGGUCAAAAUGUGGUGUUGGAUUUGAAGCGGUUUCAAAAGAGGUUGGUCCGAGCUUAUGGUUCUGUUAUGAGGAAUCGAAACCAGCAACGGCGGCUUCAAUCGUUGUAGUGCAGGAGAAAGGAAUGAACUAUUUGUUAUUCUUUGGUGACUGAUUGAAAAGGUUUGGUUUGUAAAUGAUGCGAGUUUAGGGGAUAUGGUGCUAGAUGAAAGCAAAAGGAUAAUGUUGGGUGUAUAGAAGAUAUGUUAGAAAUAAUAAUGACUUAAUUGUAAGUUUUCAUUGAUUUAUAUGAUACAACGUGACGCUCUUUUGAUUUGGUAUGUGUUAGUUAAGUGCAUUUUGUUAAGACAAUGAUGAUGUUCAUUAGAUGUUUCAUCUCUCUGAGUCAAUGGUUUAAGGGAUAACGUUGGGCUCGUGACGCUGACGUUCAUGUUGAUGAUAACUUACUUUGUGAUAAAUCGUGCUCGGUGAUUGUUGAGAAAUAAAUUAAUAAUCCGGAUAUGGUUGUUUUGUAUAUCCAACUAUCUAUGGCAUUCAACUCGUACCCAUUUGCAUACUUAAUUAAGUGAGGCGUGACUGCGUGAAAUAUUUUAAUUUUAAACUCUUUUUCUUUCGUCCGUUCAAUCAAUCCAUUCAAGUUUGACAGACACUCAAUCUUAUUUUGUGUUCAAACCUCAUCAAACCCUCAUUACACUAUACAUUAUGUGGGGUUUGUUGUUCACUCGACCGCUACUUAUUUUAUGUGAAGUAGUUCAAUGUGUCGUUAUAGUUGGAUUUACUAUUUGACUUUUGUAAUUUGAUAAAUUUUAGGUUUGUUGUUCACUCGAUCGCUACUUAUUUUAUGCGAAGUAGUUGGAUGUGUUUCUAUAGCUGGAUUUACUAUUUGACUUUUGUAAUUUGAUCAAUUUUAGUAUUGUUUUAGCGUAUGAGUUCCGAUAAAAGAUAAAGAAUCAUUUGUAGAUAUUCACAAAAACCAACAAAUGCACAAUGACGAACAUUUCAGGAUACGUACAACCAAAUUCGCUCCAACGUUACCCAUUCUUUAUCCUCCCAUCACUCCCUCCUAUUGUAUAAUUAACUGAUUUUCUCUUCCAAAACACGUUCGACGACCUAUCAUUCUUUUCUUUAUCUUUCCAUAAGUAAGAUCGAAACACCAUAUCAUUCGAUUUAUGGCGGGUUGCGUACUUUUAAAAGGGGGAAGAAGCUCUGUUUAGCACCAGCCAAAUUGCUUAGCGCCAAGAAAUAACAUUUUGCUUGCCGCCAAGAAAUGCUAUCUGCUUGGAGUAUUAAUGGCGGAAAUGUGGGCAGAGUAUAGUUUCACAGACAAUGCCGAACGGAAACAGGGGAAGGACACUAGGAAGGAAAAUAUGAACGUUGUGUGAGGCAGGAAGGACGUCGAAGGGAGAUAGAGCAAAAGACAAUGAACAAUAAUGACUGCU